AUGGCGAGUGGAAUUCCGAUCUUAAGGAGGGGUCCGGAACAUGGCACCACUGAUGUCAUCUAUGGGGGCCCCAAAAUCAGCCAUGCUCAAAAGGUGGCUCUCAUCCGGUCUGUUGGCACGGAGGAAGUAAAGACAGCGGUGAUGGGAAUGAAAAAAUUCGGGAGUCCUGGCCCUGACGGGAUUCAAGCGGUUUUCUACCAAACCUUCUGGGAAGGGGUCAAAGUUUGGAUCACAUCCUUGGUCAAUGAGGCUCUUACAACGGGAAGGAUUCCGCUUGGACUUCUCGAAGCCUUCAUUACUCUCAUUCCUAAAAAGCAAAACCCCGAAUCAGCUGCUGAUUUUAGGCCUAUCACUCUGCUCAACGUCUCCUUUAAAAUCAUCACCAAGGUGAUCGUGAACAGGAUGCGGCCUAUUAUGAAGAAACUCAUUGGUCAUUUCCAAAAUAGCUUCCUCCCGGGUAGGUCUACAAUGGAUAACAUCAUCCUCACACAGGAAAUCAUCCACUCCAUGCGUCACAAGAAAGGGAAGAAGGGCAGUAUGGCCAUCAAAAUCGAUCUACACAAAGCGUAUGACAGCAUCAGCUGGGAUUUUUUGGAGUCAACUCUUGAGGAUUUUGACCUCCCUCAUCAAAUUAUCAAGCUUGUCAUGUUUUCUUUAAGGGAAAGUUCUAUCUCUCUACUAUGGAACGGAGAGAAACUAGCCCCUUUCCACCCCGGUCGUGGUCUCCGGCAGGGCGAUCCCCUGGCCCCUUAUCUUUUCAUUCUGGUCAUGGAAAAACUCUCAUGGGCGAUCCAGGCUGAAGUGAAUAGUAACAAUUGGAAACCCGUGGUAGUUUCGAGAGGUGGGACUGGUGUCUCCCACUUAUUUUUUGCAGAUGAUCUGAUGCUUUUUGCAGAAGCCUCUCAAGUCCAGGGCCGGAUCAUUAUGGACUGUCUGGAAGAUUUUUCAAGAAGAUCAGGUUUGACCAUUAAUGUGAACAAAUCUUGUAUUUUCUGCAGUCCCAACACUAAUGCAGAGGUAACAACACAGAGUAAAGAGUGGAAUCAAAAAGUCUUUGGGAAUAUUUUCAAAAGGAAGUCCAAUCUGCAAGCUAGGAUCAAGGGCAUUCAAGAAUCUGUCUACUUCCCUUCGUCAAGAGGUUUACAGGUCCUGGAGAAUAAGUUAAUCUCUGAGUUGAAUCAAGUCCUACAGGAAGAAGAAAUUCUUUGGUUUCAAAAAUCAAGAAGGCAGUGGAUUCAAGACGGAGAUAGGAAUACGUCUUUUUACCAUAAGUCAACCUUCAUUAGACGCAACCGGGCUAGAAUCAGGAUGCUCAAAAUAGAUGGCGAGUGGAAUUCCGAUCUUAAGGUAAUCUCAGAUCAUCUUUCUAACUUCUUCAUUGAUUUGUUUGACAGGAGGGGUCCGGAACAUGGCACCACUGAUGUCAUCUAUGGGGGCCCCAAAAUCAGCCAUGCUCAAAAGGUGGCUCUCAUCCGGUCUGUUGGCACGGAGGAAGUAAAGACAGCGGUGAUGGGAAUGAAAAAAUUCGGGAGUCCUGGCCCUGACGGGAUUCAAGCGGUUUUCUACCAAACCUUCUGGGAAGGGGUCAAAGUUUGGAUCACAUCCUUGGUCAAUGAGGCUCUUACAACGGGAAGGAUUCCGCUUGGACUUCUCGAAGCCUUCAUUACUCUCAUUCCUAAAAAGCAAAACCCCGAAUCAGCUGCUGAUUUUAGGCCUAUCACUCUGCUCAACGUCUCCUUUAAAAUCAUCACCAAGGUGAUCGUGAACAGGAUGCGGCCUAUUAUGAAGAAACUCAUUGGUCAUUUCCAAAAUAGCUUCCUCCCGGGUAGGUCUACAAUGGAUAACAUCAUCCUCACACAGGAAAUCAUCCACUCCAUGCGUCACAAGAAAGGGAAGAAGGGCAGUAUGGCCAUCAAAAUCGAUCUACACAAAGCGUAUGACAGCAUCAGCUGGGAUUUUUUGGAGUCAACUCUUGAGGAUUUUGACCUCCCUCAUCAAAUUAUCAAGCUUGUCAUGUUUUCUUUAAGGGAAAGUUCUAUCUCUCUACUAUGGAACGGAGAGAAACUAGCCCCUUUCCACCCCGGUCGUGGUCUCCGGCAGGGCGAUCCCCUGGCCCCUUAUCUUUUCAUUCUGGUCAUGGAAAAACUCUCAUGGGCGAUCCAGGCUGAAGUGAAUAGUAACAAUUGGAAACCCGUGGUAGUUUCGAGAGGUGGGACUGGUGUCUCCCACUUAUUUUUUGCAGAUGAUCUGAUGCUUUUUGCAGAAGCCUCUCAAGUCCAGGGCCGGAUCAUUAUGGACUGUCUGGAAGAUUUUUCAAGAAGAUCAGGUUUGACCAUUAAUGUGAACAAAUCUUGUAUUUUCUGCAGUCCCAACACUAAUGCAGGUACGAAAAGGGACUUAAAGAGGACGAUGGGAAUUCCAGUUUCAGAUAACUUGGGAAACUAUCUUGGCAUCCCGAUCCUUCAGAGGCGUGUCACCAAGCAGUCUUUUGGCUAUAUCCUUGAAGGUAUGAAAAGGAAACUAGCCAAUUGGAAGGCGGAGGCUCUCAGCCUUGCGGGGCGCAGGGUUCUCGUACAAUCUGUGCUGGCAACCCUGCCGGUCUACUCCAUGCAGGUAUUUAAACUCCCCGUGGGGGUCUGCAAUGCCAUUGACAAAGUGUGUAGGGGUUUUCUCUGGGGUGACUCUGAAACUAGCAACAAAAUCCAUCUGGUUGGGUGGAAUGAGGUUUGUAGACCUAAGAGCGCUAGAGGCUUAGGACUCAGACGGUGUGUGGACUUUAACGAAGCCCUGUUGGCCAAACUUGCAUGGCAAAUGAACACUUGCGAUGACAAACUUUGGGUCCGUAUCAUGAAAGAAAAAUAUGUAAAAGCGGGAAAUUUUUUCACGGCGCCAACCCCCCUCCAAUCAUCCUGGGGCUGGAGGAGCAUCCUACGAGGUCGGUCUACCAUCGAACUAGGUGCAGCCUGGAGGGUGGGAACCGGGGAUUCUCUCAACUUUUGGUCGGAUUGGUGGGUUGGUGACAAACCUCUUGGGCUCCUNAUUCUCUCAACUUUUGGUCGGAUUGGUGGGUUGGUGACAAACCUCUUGGGCUCCUCGACAGCGUGUCAAUACCCGACGAGCUUGCUUUCGCUAAGGUUGCAGGCUAUCCUCCCGCGCGAAGAAGUCAACAAGAUCAGAUCCAUUCCGAUUCCACUUGAUGACCUUGUACCAGAUGCUCUAUAUUGGCCGACAUACCCUGGAGGUAUGUUUUCUGUGCAUGAGGCUUACAGGUAUAUUGCAGGAGGAGAUAGCUCAGAUGAAGUGGACUGGGUAUGGAAGGUGAAAACUGCCGAAAGGUGCCGCAUGUUUCUUUGGUUGGCAGCGAAGAACAAACUGCUCACCAAUGUGGUUAGAGCUAGGAGGCAACUUACGGACGAGGAUGGGUGCACGGCAUGCGGAGAGUUUUGCGAAAGCAUCGACCACAUCCUAAUGCAUUGUGACGUUGCACGAACCUGCUGGAGGAAGACCCACACCCCGACGUCUUUCACACUCGGAGCCGCAUCGCCGUUCAUACAGUGGCUAAAGUUCAAUUGCUCAUCGACAGAUAUGUUGAAUGGUGUUCCCUGGAGUCUAAUCUUCAGCUACACAUGCUGGGAAUUAUGGAAAGCUCGCAACAGAAGGAUCUUUGAUCACGUCAAUCCCUCGCCGCAAGAGAUCAUUCGGCGCGCGGAAUUCACAGCCCGUGAUACUUUUAUGUCCGGUCAUCGGCGGAAGCCCGAGCGGAUGGAGAAGACGCGAUGGAUUUUCUGGACUCGACCGAAUCAGGGUUGGGUCAAAAUUAAUACAGAUGGUGCCUACAAGAAAGGUACAGGCCUAGCCAGCGCAGGUGGUUUGGCGCGUGACCAUUUAGGGAAUUGGUUGUAUGGGUUCAUCACAAAAAUUGGGUUUACUAAUAGUUUUGCCGCUGAGCUGUGGGGCCUAAGGGAGGGUCUACGGCUGGCAAAAACUAAGGGUAUUAGGAAAGUGGUUUUAGAAAUGGACUCCGAAUCGGUUGUUGCUCUUCUCAAUGGCGAUCUAGAUGACCACGGGUACUACUCGACACUCAUCAAGGAUUGCCAGUUUCUUUUGGACAGUUUCGAACAACGGACACUCCAACACAUCCUCAGAGAGGGAAUAAAUGUGCGGACCACCUUGCGAACAUAG